AUGCCUUCGCAAGUUCCGGAUCAUCAGCUAGGCGAUGCGCUGCUCCAGUCAGCCGCACACGGAGCGUUUCCCCAGGAUGAACAUGUCGCGUCUGCAACCGUACCUCCCAGCGCGCUUCCCAAGCUGCUCGAGGUGGUCGCCAAGGCACGAGAAGACACAAAGAACGAAGUACGCAAACUCUCAACAGAAGCCGCGCCGGACGUCGAUGGCUGGAUAGCACAGGCACGCAAGCUGCAGGACGACAUCAAACGCUCGCAAGAGACGGCCAAGAAUAUCGUAAAACAAGCCGAAGCUGGCAAACAAAACACCGCUCGCGUCCAGGAUGCUGCAAGCAAGGUCAGCCUGUUGCAUACCGAGAUUGCAUACAAUGAGAGCUUGGCGCAAGCGGUGGAGCAGCUGAGAGAUAUCUCGACUCUGCUCGACUCUGCCCAGAAUGCUGCUGUACACGGCCAUGUCAUACACGCUAUACAAAUAUUGGAGGACGCAGAUGGCGCCUUUCAAAGACUGGGGCCUUUCACCACCACGAGGGUAGUGGGUGUGUUGAAGAACAAGGAAGAGCAGCUGAAGAAAGCUAUCGUGGAAACCGUGACAGAGUCAUGGAACGGGCUGAUUUCGGUUGACAAUACCAGCCACAGAAUCGCACUGCAUCAGUCCAUCGAACGCGAGGCCGAGGUCGAUAUCAAUACAACCACCGAAGCGCUAACAAAACUGGGGCUUCUCGAUAGCUUCGUCACCCGCCUAAGCCGAGAUCUUGACAGAGUCAUAAUCUUCCCCCGCCUUGCCAUGGGUACCGACCGCGUCGUGUCCGCGUUUGAAAUUCAAGAAGACGUCAUCCAACGUGCUGGUCCGGUCAACGAUGGUAGGAUAAAAGCUACCUUAGAGGAUGUCCACUUGCUCGUCGAGUUCCUGAGCACGCGCCUACCGCCUAGCAUUGCUGUUCCACUAUCAUCCAAAGUUAUUCCGAUCGUCGCUUCUCGUCUGAUCUCGAACCUGCUUUUGCCUGCCGUGCCAUUAUCCACAGAAGGAAUCCCGCACUUUCAAGAGUCGCUCUCUUAUGUCUUGGGCUUGGUCGAGUAUCUUGAUGAGCUAGGCUGGUCUGGCCAGAAUCGUCUAGCCGAAUGGGUGGAUAAGUCUGCCGAGAUAUGGCUUGCUAAACAGAAAGAGCAUGCGAUUUCCCGAGUGCAAGCCAUGUUCCCAAAGACUGUGCGAGAGAUGAAAACGGUUGAAAGGGUCGAGACGCAAGUCAUCUCAAAAGGCGAUGCAUUGCAUGCCGGAGAUGAACAGGAAGACGACUGGGCUGCUGACUGGGACGAGGAAGGAGAAGUCACACAAGAGAAAAAACAGGCUGUCGAAGAUGAAGAAGAAGAUAUGAGCGCUUGGGGUGAGGAUGAUGAUGUGGUCGAUGAUGAGUUGAAAGAGCAGGAGACCAAGGAAAAGCCAGCUGAUGCAGAGGAUGCAGAUGAUUGGGGUGCAGAUUGGGACGAUGAGACUGACACCAAACCUGCUGCAUCGCCAAAGCCUGCAAGAACCAUACCAGAGCAACCGAAAACAAAUGGAAAACCUGCAUCUCAAAAACAGCCCGCGAAUCAGGAGGUGACACUUCGAGAAACAUACACAGUAACGGCGAUUCCGGAUGCUAUCAUGGAAAUCAUCUUGCAGGUCAUUGCAGAGGUAGACACGCUGAAUUCCCCCGAGCUCGUCAAGUCCGCAAUCGCACCCGCAAGCGGAGGCCUAUACGCCAUUCCUAGCCUCCUCCUUGCAAUGUACCGAGCUACUGCUGUGAUGCAUUACUCCAAAGACGUCGCAAGUAACAUGCUUAUCUACAACGAUUGUCAGCGAUUGUCAGAUCGUUUGCGACUUUUUCUUCAAGAUCAGGCUGAGAAAGAUCAAACAUCAGCAUUGCCACAGCAUUUGCAACCAUCUAAACGUCUCAAGCCGAUGCUCGAGUCUGAUAUCAAGUCAAUUGAUGGAUUUGGAAAGCGUGCGUACGGGCGCGAGAUGGAGUCACAAAGACAAAUUAUCAGGGAUCAUCUUGAAGACGCGCAGGGCUUUCAAGGAUGUACUAACGUUCCCUUUGCUACGGUCUGUGAUGAUGCUAUCGCCACGACUAUCGACCGUAUAGGUGAUGUGAAGCGACAAUGGCAGAACGUCCUCUCUCACAGCGCCCUACUCCAAUCACUUGGCUCACUGGUAUCAGCUGCCCUUACCAAAUUUGUCACCGAUGUCGAGGACAUGUCAGAUAUUGCAGAAGACGAGUCAAGAAAACUGCACGGAUACUGCGUGUCACUUGCUACCCUGUCCCAGCAUUUCCAAACAGAGGAUGGUAAUGGAGAGACGAGAGAUAUGGCCGGUAUUUACACGCCCAAUUGGUUCAAGUUCCAAUACCUGAGCGAGAUACUGGACAGCAGCCUUGCAGAUAUCAAAUACUUCUGGACAGAUGGUGAGCUGAAGUUGGAGAUGGAGGCUGACGAGGUUGUGGGCCUGAUCGAGGCGCUGUUCGCGCCUAGCGAUCAUCGGAGGAGAGCUAUUGCUGAAAUUAGGAGGACCAUUCGAGAUCCCAAAAUUUCCAAAGCUUCGCAACUUCAACACCAACCAACAUAUAUCUCCGAACCCGCCGACGCCAUGGAUAUCGACGCAACAGAAACCAAGGUGCAGAUUCGCCUUACGACACGUGAUGCUAGCCUUCAGAUUUCGGAGGAGCCGAACAUCCUGUUAGUUCAGACAUCCCUUACACGACACAAGCUUUCAACACUUGUGAACGAACUUUUACAUCGCGAUGACGACAGUCGCAUACCGUUCGACAUCUUGAUCAAUGGCGAGUUUCUCCGGACCACAAUCGACGAGUUCCUCACGAAGAAUGGUGUCAAUGCCGAAUCGACGCUGGACGUUGAAUAUACGAGGGCUUUGGUCCCACCACUGAAUGUCACAAGCUUUGAGCAUGACGAUUGGGUUUCUGCUGUGGAUGUUCUAUCGGGGGUACAAAGUGGGCAAGAGAGAAUAUUGAGCGCGAGUUACGACGGGCUAGUAAGAGUGUGGAACACUUCAGGCGAUGUUUUGGCGACUUCCGAGGCUCCCAACAACGGUGGUCGCAUCACAAGCCUAAAGACGGCCAAGUGGCUGUCGGAGAAGAAGAUGGUGGCUGCAGGUUUGGACAAUACGGUCCGUGUCUACAAGUACGAUGAUGACGCGCGAACCAUUACAACGGCUCUCGAGUUGUUCAAUCAUCGAUGGGGUGUAGAAGACGUCGCGGUUCAUGGCCCAUCUAGCCGAAUCCUUUCUGCUUCUUCGGAUACCACUAUUUCGCUCUUUUCGAGCAAUGCAAAAGAGAACCCAGUCGCACCGCCAAACUUCCUGCCGAGCUCAAAUGCUGCCUCCAACAAGCGACAAAAGCUCUCAAAGCCCGAUCGCACGGUUCCCGCUCGUGGCGCUCUCGCUACGUUUAGCGGUCACAAUUCACCGGUAUCGAGUGUCAUAUUCAAGCCGGAUGAUGCCACAGUCGCAUACUCAGCAUCUCACGACCAUACGCUCAAGACAUGGGAUCUGCCUACCCAGUCGUGCGUUGACACUCGAACGACUGGUCACUCGCUUCUUUCCCUCUGCGCGAUUCCCUCCCGAAAUCUACUUGCAACUGGUACCUCGGCACGACACAUCACGUUGAUCGACCCCCGCGCGUCAGCUACCCAGAUCAGUGUCAUGACGCUCCGCGGCCACAAGAACGGUGUUGUUUCUCUGGACACGGAUCCUUCUUCUGAAUACAAUCUGUCUUCUGCUUCGCACGACGGCACAGUUCAAAUUUGGGACCUCAGGAACGUUAGUACAGGCGGACAGGUUGGAGAGGGAAUGACUGGUGAAAGCGUGUACACUAUUUACAGGCAAGGACGCGAUGCUGCAAAGAGCCAUGGUGAAGGUGCCAAGGUCUUCAGCGUACGGUGGGAUCGUGCUGUGGGUAUUGUGUCGGGUGGUGAGGAUAAACGGGUGCAGAUCAACCGCGCUCUUGGCUCAUAA